CUCCGGAGGAGAUCAAUCGCAAAUCACAACUCCGCAGUUUGAGCUCAACAGCCCUCCAAAUUUCGGGUCCCAAAGCAGCCCUCCACGUGGACAGCCAAUCUACCCGUGCGCUCUCUGCAAUCAAGAAUUCGAGAAACAAUAUAUGCUCAACCGGCACCAUAAGACCAAACACGAUAAGCAAUUUGCCUGUACAGUUGUCAACUGCCAGCAAGACCCCUUUGGUUUGAGAAAGGACUUGCGUAGACAUCAAGCCAGUUGCCACCCAUUACUGUAUCCACCUGUCUCUUUCAGGUGCCCAUUUGGAGAUUGUCCUUACACCACGAAAGGCUUUCCGCGCAAGGACAAUUUACAGCGACACAUUCGAGAACAGCACGAGUAGCUCAACCCGCCAAGUAGCGUUCAUGCCCGAGGAGUUCAAAAUCAUGCCGGCUAAAGGAUCGGCAAUUGUAACGUUGUCACCAUACCGACCUGUGGCCGCCGUAACCACCCUUGACGGACGUACAUACUGUUAUUACUUGGGGAGCCCUAACGACCCGUCUAACAAUACAAGCAAUUAUGACAUAUUCAAGACCACUGAAAGUUUCCCAUUGUAUACUUGGGAUUCACGCAUCUCGGACUUUCCCCUCAAAAACGCGCCAUUGGCACCGGCGACGAACUCACGGGAGUACCAAAAGAAGUACAAUGACUCUACGCAGACCCUGGUGAGACUCUUCGGGCUUGGCACGCCCGUUGCCAGCUCUCCCGGUCUGUUGGACGACUCCGAGUAUUCCGGGACCUCAAAUACGCAAUGUCGCCUUUUCAUGGGAUCCAACAAAGAUAAUCCUCGAUUGACACCAAGUCGAAUUAUGGCUUUCGGACGGAAACGGGAAACCGUAAGGCUUUUCGAAGUACGUCCUGAGUACCCAUACCCAUUCGACUAUCACGAAACGUAAGAUACCUUCAUCACCGUCCGAUAUCGACCCUCCUGUCAUUCUGGUACCGCCAUAUAUGAAGCUGAAGGGGAGGUUCGAUAUCGGAUUGCCUUCAAAUUGGACGGG